AUGCCACUUAUUAUAAGGCUCCCGUCAGAGAUCAUGGACAAUAUAUGCGGCAACUUGGACUCUCACAACACUCUGUCCUCGAUUCGUGCAUCAUGCCGCGUCCUGAAAGCAGCGGCAGAUCGACACGCGUUUCGACACAUCAAGUUUUGCAUGCACCAUGAGGACUUUGACGUCUUACGAAGCAUCGUCAACGAUUAUCGCGCCGAGCAUGUUCAGUCGCUGACAUACAACACUCGAAUCAUGAGGAGAUACCAGUCUAACAACAACGAUAUUCCAUAUGAUCCAUACGAUGAUGAGCUUCCAGAUAUCUUUCAUCUCGCCGACAUCCACCGUCCGCCGGUCGAUGAAGCCUGGAUCGCGGCAAUGAGAGAUGUUGUCGACAGCAUACAUCGCGAUCAGGUUCAAAUUUUGGCAGUGGGCGAAGACUUUGACUUUCUCCGAGAGGUGGUCCCCAAAUUCCCCAAUCUCCGGGAGAUCAUCGUUGCGGGCGAUUAUCCAGACAGUAACAGGCACCGGAACAGGGAGCCCAACGCCACGAAACCCAUACUGAGGAUACCGGCAUACCAAUGCCUCAACCUGGAUAUGACAGGCGUGUCACAUGUGGAGGGGACAGCUCGACAUUUGCGAGCCAUCUUAGAAGCAGUCCAGGCAACUGGCGGGUCACCCCCACGUCUCAUCUCUAUUCAGGUGGGCUUCCUCAGCCUCCUAGCGACAGAUGAAAAUUUUGAGCGUUCCGAUAUGCCGUCUGCGCUCCCGCCUUGGCCAUUUCCCCCGAUCUACCCCUUACAAAAUUCUCUGAGCACGCAGCUCUCGGUACUCACUCACUUUGGCAUCUUGCUCGGCAAUGAACGGCCAUGGGUAGAUGAUCCACGCAAAUGUUCGGUAGUCAAGAGUCCUCGCAUCAAUUUCGUCCACGACAUCAUUAAAACAAUGCCGAAUUUGCAAUCUUUGACACUGGGUGUUAAGUAUGAAUUUGCGUGGCUUUAUGACCUCAUUCCCUAUGAUCAUCAUUGGGAAAGACUUCACACUGUUCACCUUACAAAUAUGGGGUUUGGCUACGAAACAAUGCUCGACCUCCUCCUUCGACACAAGCAAUCACUCAGAACCAUUGUCUUGGAAACCUGUUGCGUGCGAGGGUGGGAUGAUGCCAAACGGCAACAUAUAGGCUGGGACCAGUUUAUCCCUGAUCUCAAAGCUGGGUUUUUGCCUCACUCGCUGGAUUUUACUUUCUUCCACAGUCUUCGAGAAGAGGCCCAGGGUGCUUGGGAUGUGGACCCUGAAUGCAUGCCGAUGGUGCGCUCAUAUUUCAGAGACAAAAAGGCUUCAAAACUUGAGCCACUGCCGCGGAUAAGCGACGAAAGAAGAGCAGGCAAGAUCACUCUCCAAAGGCCACUUGAGAUUCUGAAAAGGACCUCCUUCUUUUCGUAUGAAAUGUGA